GUGCCCGCCCGCGGCAAGCGGCGGCCGCAGCGGCUCUGCAGCGCCGGAGAGGGCGGCGAGGGCCCUCGGACCCCGCGGAGCCGCGGACGAGGAACGGGGAGGUCUGACCCCACACGCGAGCCCGAGAAAGGAGGAUGGCGAUUUAACUCGCCCUCUUCAGCCAGUCCUGCUGCCCGGCGCUGCCCGGGUGCCCGCCGCCAAAGCCCGGGAGCCGCGCCCGGAGAAGUGCCGCAUGGGGCAGGGCCGCUAGGGCGCGGAGUUCGGGGUCUCGCCGAGUAGGGCGCACGGCCCGGCGCAGCAGUUGGCACAGUUUCGGCGGCGCCUUCAGCGCGAGAACUGGGGGGGGUGGGGGGCGCGGCGGGCCUCUCCCCCGCCUCCGUGCCCUCCUCGGGAGGAGUGAGUUAUGGAGCCCCCCAGCUGCAUUCAGGAUGAGCCGUUCCCGCACCCCCUGGAGCCCGAGCCUGGCGCCCCGGCGCAGCCUGGCCCCGGGAAGCCGAACGACAAAAGGUUCCGGCUGUGGUACGUAGGGGGGUCGUGCCUGGACCGCAGGACCACGCUACCCAUGCUGCCCUGGCUCAUGGCCGAGAUCCGCCGGCGCAGCCAGAAGCCCGAGGCGGGCGGCUGCGGGGCGCCGGCGGCCCGCGAGGUGCUCCUGGUGCUCAGCGCGCCCUUCCUGCGCUGCGUCCCCGCGCCGGGCGUCGGGGCCACUGGGGGCUCCGGCCCGACGGCGGCGCAGCCCAACCCGGCCGUGUUCAUCUUCGAGCACAAGGCGCAACACAUCUCGCGCUUCAUCCACAACAGCCAGGACCUCACCUACUUUGCUUACCUGAUCAAGGCGCAGCCCGACGACCCGGAGUCGCAGAUGGCCUGCCACGUUUUCCGCGCUGCAGACCCCAAUCAGGUUCCUGAUGUUAUCAGCAGCAUAAGGCAGUUAUCGAAAGCUGCCAUGAAAGAGGAUGCCAAACCCAGCAAAGACAACGAGGACGCCUUUUACAACUCUCAGAAGUUCGAGGUCCUGUACUGUGGCAGGGUGACCGUGACCCACAAGAAGGCGCCGUCCAGCCUCAUCGACGACUGCAUCGAGAAGUUCAGCCUGCACGAGCAGCAGCGCCUGCGGCUCCAGAGCGAGCCGCGCGCAGGGGACUCGGGCGAGGACCAGGCGGGAUCCGAGGCUCGAACGCCUGCCUGCCCCGCCGACGUUCUGUCGGAAGAAGGGGCUGGCGUCGCCGACACCCACCCGGUCUUCCCUGCCGCGCCCAGCCAGCCUGGGCCAUCCAGCUCUCGAGUCUGCUUCCCUGAGAGGAUUUUGGAAGAUUCGGGCUUCGAUGAGCAGCAGGAGUUCCGGUCUCGGUGCAGCAGCGUCACGGGGGUCCUGCAAAGGAAAGUUCACGAGAACAGCCAGAAGCCGCAGCCGCGGCGGAGGCACGCCAGCGCGCCCAGCCACGUGCAGCCCUCGGACUCGGAGAAGAACAGAACCAUGCUGUUUCAGGUUGGACGGUUUGAGAUUAACCUUAUCAGUCCGGACACUAAAUCAGUUGUGCUUGAGAAGAAUUUUAAAGAUAUCUCUUCUUGUUCCCAGGGUAUAAAGCAUGUUGAUCACUUCGGCUUUAUUUGUCGGGAGUCCUCAGAGCCUGGACUGAGCCAGUAUAUCUGCUACGUGUUCCAGUGUGCCAGUGAAUCUCUGGUUGAUGAGGUAAUGCUGACUCUGAAACAGGCUUUCAGCACGGCUGCUGCCCUGCAGAGUGCCAAGACCCAGAUUAAGCUGUGUGAGGCCUGCCCCAUGCACUCUUUGCAUAAGCUCUGUGAAAGGAUCGAAGGUCUCUACCCACCAAGAGCCAAGCUGGUAAUACAGAGGCACCUCUCAUCCUUGACAGAUAACGAGCAAGCUGACAUCUUUGAACGUGUUCAGAAAAUGAAGGCAGUCAAUGACCAGGAGGAGAAUGAACUUGUGAUUUUACAUCUGAGGCAGCUAUGCGAAGCCAAGCAGAAGACACAUGUUCAUAUCGGGGAAGGCCCAUUGACUAUUUCAAAUAGUACAAUCCCGGAAAAUGCGACAAGCAGUGGAAGGUUCAAACUUGACAUUCUGAAAAAUAAAGCUAAGAGAUCCUUAACUAGCUCCCUGGAAAAUAUCUUCUCAAGGGGAGCUAACAGAAUGAGAGGUCGGCUUGGAAGUGUGGACAGCUUUGAACGAUCUAACAGUGUUGCUUCAGAGAAGGACUACUCGCCAGGAGACUCUCCGCCAGGGACCCCGCCAGCAUCCCCCCUGUCCUCAGCUUGGCAUACGUUCCCUGAAGAGGAUUCUGACUCCCCGCAGUUUCGAAGACGGGCCCACACAUUCAGCCACCCACCUUCAAGCACGAAGAGGAAGCUGAAUUUGCAGGAUGGGAAGGCCCAUGGGGUUCGCUCCCCUCUUCUGAGGCAGAGCUCCAGCGAACAGUGCAGUGAUGGAGAGGGGAGAAAAAGGACCUCGUCCACCUGCAGCAAUGAGUCCCUAAACGCUGGAGGAACCCCUGUCACUCCUCGCCGAGUUUCCUGGCGGCAGCGCAUCUUCCUCAGGGUUGCCUCGCCCAUGAGCAAAUCUCCCUCCGCGAUGCAGCAGGAUGGCCUGGACCGGAGUGAGCUGCUGCCACUGUCCCCUCUUGCUCCAACCAUGGAGGAGGAACCGCUGAUGAUAUUCAUGUCUGAUGAAGAUGACCCAGAAAAGGGUGAAGAGAGAAAUAAGUCGGAGGAACUGAGGUGUUUGUGGAGAAAAGCUAUACACCAGCAGAUCCUGUUGCUUCGAAUGGAAAAAGAAAACCAGAAACUUGAAGCAAGCAGAGAUGAACUGCAGUCCAGAAAAGUUAAAUUGGAUUAUGAAGAAGUUGGUGCAUGUCAGAAGGAGGUCUUAACAAUCUGGGAUAAGAAGUUGUUAAACUGCAGAGCUAAAAUCAGAUGUGAUAUGGAAGAUAUUCAUACUUCUCUUAAAGAAGGUGUUCCCAAAAGUCGACGAGGAGAAAUCUGGCAGUUCCUAGCUUUGCAAUAUCGUCUGAGACACAGAUUACCUAAUAAACAACAACCUCCCGACAUAUCCUAUAAAGAGCUUUUAAAACAGCUCACAGCUCAGCAGCAUGCUAUCCUCGUGGAUUUAGGGAGAACAUUUCCUACUCAUCCUUACUUUUCAGCACAGCUUGGGGCAGGGCAGCUGUCGCUCUUUAAUCUCUUGAAAGCCUACUCAUUACUAGACAAAGAAGUGGGUUACUGUCAGGGGAUCAGCUUUGUGGCUGGGGUCUUGCUUCUGCACAUGAGUGAAGAGCAAGCCUUUGAAAUGCUGAAAUUCCUCAUGUAUGACCUGGGCUUCCGCAAGCAGUACCGACCUGACAUGAUGUCACUGCAGAUUCAAAUGUACCAGCUGUCCAGGCUCCUUCAUGAUUAUCACAGAGAUCUCUACAAUCAUCUUGAAGAAAAUGAAAUCAGCCCCAGUCUUUAUGCUGCCCCCUGGUUCCUCACAUUGUUUGCCUCUCAAUUUCCAUUAGGAUUUGUAGCCAGAGUGUUUGAUAUUAUUUUUCUUCAGGGAACUGAAGUUAUAUUUAAGGUUGCCCUAAGCCUGCUGAGCAACCAAGAGACACUCAUAAUGGAAUGUGAAAACUUUGAAAAUAUUGUUGAAUUCCUUAAAAUCACUCUCCCUGAUAUGAAUUCAUCUGAAAUGGAAAAAAUAAUUACCCAGGUUUUUGAGAUGGAUAUUUCUAAACAGUUACAUGCCUAUGAGGUGGAGUAUCACGUGCUACAGGAUGAACUUCAAGAAUCUUCCUAUGCUUGCGAGGAGAGCGAGCCCAUGGAGAAGCUGGAGAGGGCCAACAGCCAACUGAAAAGACAAAACAUGGAUCUUCUAGAAAAAUUACAGAUAGCUCAUGCUAAAAUUCAGACCUUGGAGUCCAACCUGGAAAAUCUUUUAACCAGAGAGACCAAAAUGAAGUCUUUGAUCCGGACUCUGGAACAGGAGAAGAUGGCUUAUCAGAAGGCAGUGGAGCAGAUCUGGAAGCUGCUACCUGCAGAUAUUCUAGCCAACUGCGAACCACUGCUGAGAGACUUAAACUGCAACCCUAACAACAAAGCCAAGACAGGAAACAAGCCAUGAAGACUUGCCACCUCAGCAGGACGUGACCAUUCAAGGAUGCUACAGUCUGGAGGAGUCUGCAUGCUGCUGGCCCAGCACUGGCCACCAGAGCUGACAGUCACUGAAUCAGCUGUGAGCCCGUCAGAGCCAGUGGCCCUUGCUGUCCUCAGAGCAUGCAAGCUCUAAACCAUUGUACAUACGUAGACUGUUUUUUGCUGUCCUUGUUGACUAUGUACAUAUAUAUAAAAUGGACUUAAAGAGUUCAUGCUUUCAGAUAAAAGUAGAUGCAUAUUUACAGCAAUUUUUUAAAAAAAUCAAAACUUCAUGAAAUCCACAACAAAGGGAAGUUAAAAUGAAGUUCCCCUUGGACACAUGUGACAUCUGUUUGUCUUUGUAGUGAAACAAAGCUAGAACAUCUUUGUAUAUUGAAAUAUACUUGAAAAAAAUGAAUGUAUUUUUUUCUCCAAAGAAUGGCAUGUUUCACGCAGUGGUGGAGAGGUGGAAACAUUUGUGUAACUUUAUGUGCAUCUGUCUUAAAAUCUACUGACAUUAUAUAUAUAUGAGGAAAAUGACUGAUUGCCAGUAAAUCUCCUCUGAGUUUUCCAGGAAAGUAGGGGCCUUCCCCUGCUGCCUGCUUUGUGCCAAUGAGCAUGUCGCAUCUACAUGCAUUUUGAGUCUGGUCAGGCAUUACUUUAGUUGUAUGUAAGGAGGAAACAAGACAGUGGCUGAGUCUGCCCAUCCAGCUCAAGGUGAAAGAGAACAUUACUAAUUUUCUAGUAAAUUAGACCAGCGUUUUGUUAAACUAAACAUGUCAGUCCUUAAAAAUUAAUUUAGGGCCUAAAGUGUCUAGCCCUGGAGUAGGAAAUGGCAACCCACUCCAGUAUUCUUGCCUGGAAAAUCUCAUGGCCUGAGGAGCCUGGCCAACUACAGUCCAUGGGGUCACAAAGAGUCGGACAUGGCUGAGUGACUGAGCAUACGUAAAUUGUCAAGAUUAACUUUCUACCUUUUUAUUGAAAUUUCUCAUGAAUGAACUACUUGGUGCCAUAGUUAGUGACAAGGAUUUGCCAUUUCCCACUAAAAUGUGGGAACUCUUGUCUUAGUUCUCUCUACCUUAAAUGGAGGGUAAGGAAAUGCAAUUAUGAUUGGUUUUCUAAAGAUGAGAUACUGUGUUGAGAUACUUUUUUUUUUGUCAGUUGACAGGUCUGAUAAGGUUGUAAUCAUCCUCCCCUUCCACAUGAGCGUUUAUGAGAACUGUGGAGUGUUUAAAACAAACUUGAAAUCCAUGGGAAGGGAAGGAGAAAGCCUUUCUAAAACCUACAGUUCUGCAUUGGGACUCCUGACUUUCUCAGUCUACAGAGAGAUUAUAAGAAGACAUUCAUGCAUGCUGGGUGAAUGGAAGGAAAGCAAUUUUUAACUUACACAUGGAAUUUCUCCAUUUCAGAGAUGACUCUGUGACAGUGCCUCGGAAAGUGGAUGCAGCAGUUCUGCCUUUCCAAACAAUAUUUUUCAUCACUGCGUUUUGCAGCACUUGUAUUAUCAGAGAUGGAUUAUCUGGGAUAAUUUUCUUCAAAGGGAGUUUGUUAUACACAAGCUACAAUGUAUUACAGAGUAGAAAGGUAAAGCUCUAAAAGUUUCAGAAACGUCUGAUGAAUGGAUAAGGAUCUGAACAUCCCCUCUCACCCCCACGACCGACCAGCUACUCAGUGGAAUGUAGUGACUCAGUGUAGUGUAGUAAAUGUAAUGUUACAAUCAGCACGCCCUCUCAUCCAGGCAGUUUCUCAGAAGAAGAUGAAGUCUUACUAGUAAAGGUAAUGUAAUUUCUAGAUUCUAGAAAAUGCUGACCUAAUCAGUUGGGGCCACCAACUGUUUUGUUGCUUGGAUUUCCCUCAAAUUUCUCUAUUUGUAGGAGAGGUAUUUUCUUAUGAGGAAUAUGAUAAAUAUCAUCUGGUUACUGUCUGGUGAUGAAAAUUACCUGGUGUGUAUGAUACACAGGUGGUAGCCAGGGAACCUUCAAGUUGGGAAAAGAAACUUUUUCUUUCAGUUGUUUGGUUUAAAUUUUAUUCUGGAUCUUCACAGUCAAUGUUAUCAGUUUAUUAUGGUGUUCAGGGCUUGCCUUGGAUGCAAUAUUUCUUUUGAAAAUGAAUUUUCUUUUUAUUUUGUGAUCUUUUAAAUGUUGCACCAAUUAUGCUUCAUGCAUUGUUACAUCUUCAUUUGGUUAAUGUAAUGUCUAGUUCGUUUCCAAUAAAUACAUUGCUGCCUGUUUCCUUGA